UAACCGCUGAUAUCGCGCCGUACCGCGGGCUCGCUCUCGCGGGCGUUCUCCUCCGCGACAGCUAACACCGAUGGAGAGUUAGGUGGCGAAACUGAGCAUAGCGCCGUUGUUUCUCCUUUUUGCUCUGGUUUUCCUUUAUGUUUCUUUUCUCCUUUUAUUUUCUUUUUUUCAAAUUUUUCCGGAAGGACUUGGGCCCAGCGGCGGCGAUUAAAUGAGAGGUGGCGGUUGUCAUGAACUCAUUCAAAGCCCCCAACUGCACUCUUUCCCCUCUUAUUCGCUUCCUCUCCUCCCGAGGAAAGAGACCCUCUCCGGCCCCGGGAAUUCUAGGGUUUUCACUCCCUCUAUCUCGUCUCUUCUCAGCCAAUACUGCAGGACCCUCAUUUCAUACAUUCAUGGAAGUUGUCAAAGCGGUUCUUAGACAAGCUUCAGCAGCUAAUGAACGUGUUGCCAUAAGAGCCGAUCAUAAGAGUUAUAGCUAUCUGCAACUCAGUGCGUCUGCUUUGAACAUAUCCAACUUAUUGCUCAGCAAAGAUAUUAAAGGCACCAAUGGAACAAGAUACCUUGAUGGAGCUCGUGUCGGAAUUGUGGCUAAACCUUCUGCUGAAUUUGUUGCUGCGGUCCUAGGAACUUGGCAUUGUGGAGGCGUUGCAGUUCCACUUGCACUUAGCUACCCAGAAGCAGAGCUUUUGCAUGUGAUGAAUGAUUCGGACGUUUCCAUGAUUCUGAGCACUCAAGAGCAUCAACAGCUUAUGGAGAAUGUGGCUUCUAAAUGUUCUGCUCAUUUAUCGCUUAUUCCUGCUGUCACCAGUAUGGAGCAGUCAGGUAGUGGAGCAGCCGAUAUGAUUGCCAAGUUGAUUGGGGAAAUUGAGGAAUCAAGAAUAGCUGAAGGAGAUGACCCUGCUUUGAUUCUUUAUACGAGUGGUACGACUGGUAAACCAAAAGGUGUCGUGCACACACACAAAAGCAUAAUUGCUCAGGCUCAAAUUCUGACAGCGGCAUGGGAAUAUACAUGUUCAGAUCAGUUUCUGCAUUGUCUACCUUUACACCAUGUGCAUGGUCUUUUUAAUGCCUUACUUGCACCUCUUUAUGCCGGAUCUCUGGUUGAGUUCAUGCCAAAGUUUAGUGUUCGUGGUGUGUGGCAGAGAUGGCGUGAAUCAUACCCAAAAGAUGGAAGUAAAGCAGAUGGUGCUAUCACUUCGUUCACAGGAGUUCCAACAAUGUAUACUCGACUUCUACAAGGUUAUGAAACAAUGGACUCAGAUUUACAAGUAGCUUCUGCUUCUGCUGCAAAUAAAUUACGUCUCAUGAUGUGUGGAUCAUCAGCACUUCCUUAUCCAGUGCUGAAACAGUGGGAAGAAAUAACAGGUCAUCGUCUUUUGGAACGCUAUGGCAUGACUGAGUUUGUCAUGGCACUAUCCAAUCCCUUGCAUGGUCUUCGAAAGGCAGGCACAGUUGGCAAACCUCUUCCUCAAGUAGAGGUCAAGAUCAUUGCGGAAGAUGAGAGUAGAACUGGAACAACUGAAGUGGGUGAGCUUUGUGUUAGAAGUCCUUCACUGUUCAAGGGAUACUGGAAACAGCCUAAGAUAACAGAGGAAUCAUUUAUUGAUGGUGGAUUUUUCAAAACUGGAGAUACAGUUACAGUGGACGAGGACGGAUACUAUGUAAUCUUGGGACGUACCAAUGCCGAUAUCAUGAAAGUUGGUGGUUAUAAGCUGUCAGCAUUAGAUAUUGAAGCAGUCCUUUUAGAGCAUGAGGUUAUCUCAGAGUGUUGCGUUCUGGGCUUACCUGACAAGGACUAUGGGGAAGUUGUAUGUGCUAUAAUUGUACCGCAGGCAGAUGCAAAGAGAAGAUCAGAACAAGAACUGAAACCAGCUAUUAGCUUAGAAGAACUACAGAACUGGUCCAAGGAGAAGCUAGCUCCAUAUAAGAUUCCAACUAAAUUGUUCUUGUGGGAUUCCCUCCCUCGAAAUGCCAUGGGAAAGGUGAACAAAAAGGAGCUGAAAAAAUUACUUGGAGGACUGUGACGUUCUUUCUAGGUUCAUAGUAUUGAGGCCAUAAUUUUGGUCAUAUAUGCUUAUAAAAGAAAUAUGGCUAUAAUUAUAUGCAAUAAUUAAUUGCCCAUUCACUUGGGUUAGCUUGAUAAGAAAAUCAUUGUUUUAUAAAGAAGUUAUUUACAAACAGUGCCCUUUAUUUUUGUUUGUAUUUCUUCAUUACAGUGUAUGUAAAGAGUGCAAUAGUUUUCACUUAUUGUUAAAAUACCUACUAAAGGUAUUUAUUUUUCCAACUA